AUGUCGACGCUGUAUUCGGUCAGAGUGUGCCACGUCUAUCGAGUGCCGCCGCGUACGACGGCCGCCGGCUACCGUGCCGGUGAUUGGGGCGAUAUGAGCCAGCCGUUAUGGAGUGGUCGACUACGUGUGGUGGAGCAUGCAGAAACGUGCGAGAUCCGUCUGGAAGAUGGCACGACAGGCGAACUCUUCGCGUCAUGCCCCUAUGAUGUGACGGGCAAGUCGGUGGAAGCAACGCUUGACUCUUCGCGCUGCUUUGUCGUGCGUGUCGAGAGCGAGGAUGGGCGGCAUGCGUAUAUUGGCAUCGGGUUUGCAGAGCGCGCUGAGAGCUUUGACUUUACAGUGGCGCUGCAAGACUGGACAAGACGGCGCAAGUCGGAGCUGGCUGGCCCUGGGCCGGACGAGGCCCCGCGCCCCUCGCCACACUUGCCAGAUGGCCCGCGCCAGGACUUUUCGCUACGCGAGGGUGAGACGCUGAGCUUGCGCAUGCCGGCGCUUGGGGCAGUACGCGCGCCCAGUGCGGCGCCAGCGCAGACGGGCUUCCAAUUGCCGCCGCCGCCGCCCGGCGGGCGCAGCAAGUAA